AUGGCUCUCAAGGUCAAAACUGCUGAAACCAAGGUUGUUCUGGUGAACCUGUUGAUAUGCAUAAUAGUUUUCUAUACUGUGUACUAUGUGGUCCUCUCUGUGUGCUUUGCAGUAUUCAGGAUUAAAAUGUUGGAUGGUUUGGCACCUUUUGAUUUUAAAACAAAUCCCUCAUGGAUUAACCCAUAUUAUUUAGUUCUUGUGAUAUCCUUGGAAAUAACUUUCUUCCUUUGUGGUCUGCUGUUUGCUCUGGUUGUGGAAGAAUGGGUUUGGGACUAUGCUGUAACAGUUACUGUUAUUCAUAUAAUCAUUACUUCAGUUGUUAUGUCUGAAUUUCCCCUGAUGUUGCACUGGUGGCUGGCAUUAGGAUCUGGAGUAAUUUCAAUGAUUUGUGGAGGACAGAUUUUGGCAUAUUGCUUGUUCAAAGACAACUUCAUUUACCCAAUUCUAGAUGACUUUUGA